AUGGUAACCCAACCCCCAACCCUCCCUCCAAUUCGAGUUCGAGAAACCCAUCCUCCCCCCCCUCCCCCCUCUCUCUCUCUUCCUUCCACCCAGAACCCCCUCCACCCAACAUCCCGUAACCUAACCCAGUCACUCACUUACCCACAGGCCCAAACCCCGACCCAACGCCGCGCCAACGCCAAAUUCGCCAAAUCGGAAGAAAAGCGCAUGGGCAAGCCCGAAUCCGCCGUCAAGAAAAAGGCGGACAGAACCAAACCUCCCAUCUCCCGCGGCUGGAUCGUGCUCCUAGCCUUCGUGGUAUGUGGCAGCUUGGCAUUCGAGCUGUUGAGGCUGUUCCCCGUGGCGUGGGAGUUUGUCGCUGGCUUCGUGGCGCGCGUUGCUGCGCUUUUCAAGUGA